AUGGGUAUAACGGUUUCUCCACUGACUAAGGUUAUAUGCCUAAGUGGUUUGCUCGCUACAGGGUUUCUUCUCGUGAUUCUAUCCUGUUCAUUAUAUCACAACUACUAUCCUCUUAUUGAUUUUCAGGUAUUUAUUUUGGCACCUAUCCCUAAUGCAAUUUCCAGUCGAUCAAACUAUGAUGGACAUGACUUUAUGAAUGACAGAGUCAAGAGCGCUCAGGACUUAAGACAGUUUUUCACAGGUUUACUAGUGGCGAGUGGUAUAAUCAUGCCAUUAGUGUUUCAGCACGCUCAGAUAAUCAACAAGGUAAGUUGCGUGAUGUCUAUUCUAGGUGGGCUUAUUGUUUAUUCCUCGAUGGUGAUCUUUGGCUGGUUUUUCACAGGCAGCUGGGAAGAUGAUGAAGAUGCAUUAUUCAGUUAUUGA